CCUCCUUCCGUCUGCCUAAAAAACCCGCCUCCGGCCCAGCAAACGGCGGGGCGAAGGGUUAGCCCGCAUCUGCAUCACACCCUACCAUGCCGCCCCGGAGCCACGACGAGAAUGCCCCUGUCGGCUCGGCCCGAGUCGACAGACAUGCCAUGCUUGCCCAGUACAAGGCCGAAAAGGAGCGCAAGAAGCUAGAGCAGCAGCGUUUGAGCAAGAAAACGUCGUCCACCAAGCUGUCUACGCUGGACGGAAAGGCCAAGACAAACACGAAAGCGAGCCUGGUUAAGCGGCCGCUCGCCGAAAAGAACAACCAGUACCCCGCAGAGCCACUGAUCGAAGCCACCAAGGGCCCGCCUGUCGUUUCUGUCUCCAAGAGACCUAGGAUUCUGCGAUCAGCCCAGCCACCAAGUCCUACUGACAAGUCGCCAAAGCGCAUCAGCCGAGAUGACGGCUCUCCAAGUGAGCUACCACGGCGGGAAGCGUCGCCGCCAGUCCCGCCACGACGCUCGCCCUCUCUGCGAGAGUCUGCCAACAAGUCGCCACAGCCAAAGGGCUCCCCAGAGCCUUUGCCCACUCGGGCCUCCGAACCGCCUGCGCGACCGAAGUCGUCCCGGCUCACGAAAUCGGACCUGGAGCUCCAGAACCAGGCACUUCGCACCAAGUUGGAGGAGCUGAAGCAUAGUUACGAGGCCCUCGCAGACACAGUGCAGGAGCGAAGCGAGGGCAUUUUGGUCGAGCGCCGCCGUAUCGAAGAGAUACUGCACCAGCACAGCACUCUGAGCAGCGCACAUUCCGCCCGUGGCAUCUUGGAAGCUACUCGCUCAAGCGGUCUCGCAGCUCGUCCUAUCACUGCACUUUCCGAUGAGACGUCCGUGAUCAACGCGAUAAAGGAGCUGCUGGAAUCCAAGGAUCACGAGAUCUCCGCCCUGAGACAGAAGAGCACCAUGGCGGAGAAGAAUCUCGAUUUCUUGGAGAGCGAAAGCAACGACAUGGUCCGCGAGCUCGUGAAGAACGCAGCGAUCGCCUCGGAGCUUGGUGCCCAAAUCAAGGUGCUGACGAGCCAGGACGACGCACACUAUCGCUCCGGAUCGACUCAGCAGCUCUACCAGCGCCUCCAAGAGAUCCGAAUAACGCUAGAGCGUGCCCUCGGCGAACGGGACUCCCUCAAGCGCGAUCUGAGUCGUGCCGCCGAGCGCAUCACUCGUCUCACCGAGGAGCGAUCCCAGCUCGAGCAGCUUCUGGAGGAGUGCAGCGUGGCUCUGAGCCAGUCGCGCCUCUCGAAUCGAACACAUGCAAGGCACAUUGCCUAUCUCGAGCGAUCUGCUCGAGAGCGUACCUUGAUGAUGGAAGAUCUCCGCGCCAGCCAAACGGAUCUGCUGAACCAGGUGCUCAACCAAUCGGUUAUGCUUUCCGAGAUGGAGGCGAAGCUGCAAGAGGCCACGACGUAUUUCGAAUCCGAGCUGAGCAAGAAAUCUGAGAAGCUGAUCUCCAAGGCCCACGACCUUGACGAUUCCUACCAAGUUAUCAACCUGCUCCAGGACCAGAUUGAAGCCGCCGAGAAGGACCAGCUCGCAGCCGAGAAGGAGCGCACGGCUCUGGUCGAGCGCAACGACGAGCUGGAAAGUCGUGUCCUGGCCAUGGAGGCUACGGCCUAUCGUAAUGAAAUGGAAGUCUCGCAGCUCAAGGCCGUCCUGCAGAAGCACAAUAUCCCUUUCCAGUUCGAAGACCCGUGGACGUCGCCUGAGGCCGCUGGCGGCGCUGACAUGCAAGAAGACGCAUCGGGGUCGUCGUCUCUAUGCUCUGGGGUCUCGAUGCUUGACGAAAGCCAUGGUGCAUCCGUCGGUACCCAGACGACUCUCGAUAUCAGUGCACUUGAAGCUGAGGCGCGCACUGCGGUGGAUCAAUUCAAGGCCAUUCGAUUUGCCAAUAGUGUGCUCCACCAGCAGAUGAUCCAGAAUAAGAGCUCUUAUGAAGUUGAGAUCGAGCAAAUGAAGAGACAGAUCGACAACGAGCAGUGCAAAGCCGUGGAUGCCGCCAUCGCCGAGUUCCGCAAGGACAUGCUUACGGUCAUGGCCCAGCUCAAGAUCAAGAAGGACCAGCUCGAGCUCGAGCUUGGCCAGGCGCAGGUCUACUCGGCAGGCCUCGAGCGCGAAAUCAUGCUCCUCAAGCAGCCGAAUGCCACUGGUGGCGAUAAUGCGGACGCGGACGUGGAUGCGAUGGAGAAGGACUGAGAGUCUGGUCGAGCAGUCCGGGACCAGGUGGAACUCGGUGGAACUCGGUGGGGAGAGUAAUGCUGCUGUGCUCUGUGUCGGCGGCCAAGCCGUGCCGGUUCAGCCCUGCGGACCCGGCGACGGACCGGUGCUGCGAUGAGUGCAAUAUACCUCUGCGACUUGAGCACGCACGACAUGACGUAAUGGCUGCAGGACCACCAGCGCGGGUGGGCAAUGCCGUGGGUUUGUGCCGACAGCCCACGAUCAAACGGGCAUGGUUGUUCCCCAUGGGGC